AUAAAAAGCCAACCCUCCUACGCCCCCUGUCUCUCUGCCCCUGCAUACCCAAUCUUCUCUCUUUCCACAAUUUUCUCCUUCUUCCUCUGCAAGUCUGAAGAGUAGCAGAUGACGUUACAGAGUACGAGCAGGGAAACAGCUUCGUCUCCUAUUCUCGAGGGAGAUGAGAUCGAAGUCUGCAUUAUCUUAGAGGAUCUCAAGGACAUAAUUCGGCAGUCCGAGUUUCAAUCUAUCUCCAAGUUGCUGGUUGGAUGGAGCGGUAGAAGGAAGAGAUCUAAGCGCGUCUUCACGGUCGCUAGCGGCGCCGUCGUCGACUCUCCAUCGCGGUCGCCGCCGAGAGUUUCUCACGGCGACAAUGAAAACCAGACGGCGGAACGAAAAGUCAAAAAGCAGGGAGCGGCCUCCAGUCCCGCCACGCCUCUCUCGUUAUCUCUAACCGAAUCUGAUGAGAAACAAAAACAACGCUCUUCUCGCAAGCGCACGAAGAAGAAGAGUAGAGAAGAGUGGCUGAGUAACAUAGAAGAGUUAAAGCAGAGCAAAGAAACACUAACGCAGGAAUUGGAGAAUGUGAUGAUUUACUACAACAGCUUAAAGGCUUACAAUCUGAAGCUGAAAGCAAUGAAAGAAGGAGAGCUACGAAGGACAUCCCAUGAAAGAGAGGAACCUAAAAUGGAAAUGACUAGGAGAAGCGUGAGUAGUUUUGGGCCGUCAAACUUGGCCCAAUAUAAUCCACAAGAGCAACAGCCUGUUGCGUUGGAGAUGAGGAGUGGAUUGGGGGCAUGCCAACCAUUUAUGUGCGAAUUGGGCCAACUGGACCAAAGACAUUCAUCUUAUGGGUUAGGCAUGGCGAAUCAUGGUGUAGGCCCACUUGGAAUUCCGGAUCUCAACCUCCCAGCUGAGCAGAUUUCUGGCGGUACGGUGGACUCUCCCCAUCCGUACGAUCUUCAGAGAUUGUGGGCUGAUCCUAAGGCCAGAUACGCGGAAGCACGUAGGAAUAGAAAAAUUUUAAAUAGUAUAAAGAUUAGGAAAGCCUCCGGUUUACCUACUCUUGCUCUUGCUAAUCGGAGAUAACCUUUGAGUUUCUUUUUGUUCUUUAUUUUCCUCGAAAGAUUUUAUGUCCUGUUCAGGUUCAGCAAAUGGAAGAUCCUGUUAACCCA